AUAUCAACGUUACCGUGUGUGAAUUUCUACAAAUACAUAGACUACCCAAUUUAUUUAUUUCUGAAUUUUCAUGGAGGUUAUGCAAAGCAUCCGCUCUACAAGUUUUGCUCUUAAUUCCAGAAACAUCAACACCUACUUGCCUUCUCAAGCAAUUCCAAGGCCGAGGAUAUUUUAUGGGUGCAAAGCAGUGUCAACGGUUACCUAUAAGAAUUUCAAUAUGACAGUGCCACCACCUGCCCAUCCAACUUAUGAUCUCACAGCUAUAAUUAGAUUAGCUCUAGCUGAAGAUGCAGGGUAUAUAGGAGACAUAUCUUGUUUGGCGACCAUUCCAGUUGAGCAAGAAGCAGAAGCACAUUUUCUAGCAAAGGAAGAUGGUGUGAUUGCUGGAAUUGCAAUGGCAAACAUGAUAUUCAAGGAAGUGGAUCCUCAGUUGAAGGUUGAGUGGAGUCGGAAUGAUGGGAAUGAUGUGGACAGAGGUCUACAGUUUGGCUCAGUAUAUGGCAGUGCCAGGAGCAUUCUUGUGGCAGAAAGAGUUGUCCUCAACUUUAUGCAGCGAAUGAGUGGAAUUGCAACUCUUACAAAGGCAAUGGCUGAUGCUGCAAGGCCUGCACGCAUCUUAGAAACUAGGAAAACUGCACCUGCUUUACGAUUGGUGGAUAAGUGGGCAGUAUUGAUAGGAGGUGGAGAAAAUCACAGGAUGGGACUGUUUGACAUGGUAAUGCUGAAAGACAAUCAUAUUUCUGUAGCUGGAGGAAUCACUAAUGCCAUUGCAUCUGUUGAGCGAUAUCUAAAGCUGCACAAUCUCCACAUGCCUGUAGAGGUUGAGACCAGAACUUUAGAAGAAGUAAAGGAGGUUUUGUCAUAUACUGGUCAAGGAAGAUCUGUGGUAACACGCAUAAUGUUAGACAACAUGAUUGUUCCACUCCCCAAUGGAGAUGUUGAUGUGUCCAUGCUUAAAGAAGCUGUUCAAUUGAUCAAUGGAAGAUUUGAGACUGAGGCUUCAGGGAAUGUUACUCUUGACACUGUUGGAAAAAUUGGAACAACCGGAGUAACCUUUAUUUCCAGGUGCAAGAUGGUGGGAGCAAGGUGAGCUCUCAUCAAGAAGGACAUUGCAUUUCAAAUCUUUACAAGGUAGCUGUUGGGAUCGUCAAGUCACAAACUAUACAAGGCAAGGAUAUGAGUCAUAUACAUCAAGAGGAAUACAAGAAGACUCCAGGCGCAAUUCAAGGCAUGAUGAAGAUCGAGUAUAGGCAAGACAAGGCCUACACCAAAUGCAACAUCAAGGUAAAGGAUAGCAAUCAGCAUCGGGCACUUAAGGGAGAAAUUUACACAAUUUUGAAUUUCCUGUGGAAAUCCAAGAAUCAUUGCCAGUAUAGCCAGACGAAAGCUCAAGAAUGCAAGUGAUCAAGACAAGAGAUAGUUUCAGAAGAGUUAAUCAAAAUUAGAAGAUCAACUUGAGCAAAGUCAUUCAUUGAUCGAGCUUGGAUAAUGUUGAGUAUCAAGAGAUAUGCCUCAUUCAUUCACACACUUGUGAUGAGUUACAAAGAUCGAAGCUAAGGUGGUGCCUAGUCAUCAUCUAUCCAAUCAUAUGAUUUCAAGAUAAAGCAUCCAGAUUCAAUGUACCUAACUUAUCCGUUAAAAGGAGAUAACUACCACAUGGGCACAAAGUUUGAUGUACCUACCGCUGUUAUCUAUUCGUUGAAUUUUCAAAGAAGGAAAUGUGUCCCAUUAUUUGUAAUUGUAUCAUUGGUCAAGCAUUAAAUGUUUUGCAAUAGGGUUUCUAUCUUUCGAUCUUGGCCAUUGAUCUCAUAUUGAUCUAAGCCACUGAAUUGUAAAUGAGAGCACUAUAUAAGGCCUCACUUCAUUUGUAAAAUUAAUAGCACGAGUUCGAAAGAAUAGUGAAUAGCGAAUAGUGAAUAAAGCAGAAAAUAAUUAGAGUAGAGUAGGAAGAGAAGGCAAAGAUUG